AUGACCGACUCUCGUCCUCCCGGUCUGCACCCAUUGUCCCAUCUUAAAGCUGGGCCGACCACGUCCAGCUCCAGGUCCACCGCUGUUCCUGCGUCUGCCACGCCGCAACCCCCUUCACGCCCUGCAUCCCGCCUGCAUAUACAACGAGACCCCAGCCGGGAAGAUGUGGUCGAUUCCGCCAGCGACAAGACCACAAUAGCCCUGAUCCGGCGCGUCCUCUGUCCCCAGACAGGCACCUAUGGCGCAUCCUCUGCGCAGCCUCCGGAGGAGCUGCUGCCUCCUCUCACAAGCUCCAAUGACGUUGAUCGUCAACUCUACGCUUUCAUUGCUAUUAUAAUCAGAGACUUUGUCUAUUCGUGGUACUCCAAAAUCACACCGGACCAGGCUCUUGUGAAUGAGGUCCUGCAGGUGGUCGCGCAUUGCACUCGAGCUCUUGAACAGCGACUACGUCGAAUCGAUGUUGCUCAGUUAGUCCUCGAUGAACUUCCUGCGCUGGUGGAAGCGCAUGUCCUGACUUACCGACUAGCCAAGCGGCAAUCCCAUCUUUCGGGACUGUCAACUUCACACCACGUACUUUAUCAUGAGUUGAACCCUCACCCGGGCUUUUCACCUGUCCCCGAUUCCUCGGAUCCACAGACCAUCAUCUCGCAGCGCGAGAAUGAGGCCAUCUACCGUCGUCUGCUGGCCAACGGCACUCUGGCGGUUCUUUUGCCGACUGAGGAUCUUGAGAAUAGCAGCUUGCGGGUUCUCGUGGGCGACGUCCUUGCUGAUCGCAUUCUGGGAGAGGAAGUCAGCGGCAGAAUGUCGGAAGGCUGGUUCUUUUGGCAAACCAUUACCAAGCUCGCCGUGGCGAUGAGACGAAAGGCCUCCAAGGAGACUGCAGCAGAUCUCACUACUCCCACCAGUCGCCUAGAGCAGUUCGGAAUCUACGUUGGAUAUGUUGUCUUGCGGUUUAUCGUGACUGGCCUCUUCCGCGUCGCAUCGAGCCCACCCCUAGGUCAUUCGCAUACCAGUGUUUCAUUUAGCGCUGGUCCGGACAUACGGAAGGAGAAGGCGUCAUCAGAUGGCGCCACAGGUAAGCGCCCGGUGUUGGACUAUCGGGUGUAUUCCAUGGUCUCGCAGGUGCUGGGCGUCCCCCAAAGGAUGCCCUGGAUGGGUGGACUGCUCUCUCUCUCGCAACACCUGAUACUGGCGGGACCGGGAACACUGGGUGCCACUGACGGGGUCCUUGAUAGAUUCCUCCGGGAAACCAUCGAGAAGUACGUGCUGACCCCCACUUUGUUGCCCAACAUUCUCCGUGCGACCAGGAGCGCUCUCUUUCCGGCCAAUGCCCGUCCCCCGUCGCAGAUAACACCGGUGAAUCUACGGGCCCCGUCUCCCGCUCCGCAGCUGUUUGUGCAACCCGCGGCAUCCACUCAAAAAUCCCUCGCGAACCCUUCUGUCGUUGCGGCGGCAAUCAGGAAACCUCCUGCUACUAGCAGCGCCACUGGUAAAAGUAAUGUCAGCAAUAGUCAGAGCCAUAGUGGCACCGACCGUGUUGCCGGUGUAUCCUCUCCCUCGACAAAAGCGGACGUGACAGCCACGCACCCAACGCCAUCAAACACCAUACUCGAUACUGACAGGACAAGAGCUCGACCAUCUGAUCCUGAGAUCGCAGCGAUCAAGCGGCAAUGUGCGACCAGCUUGCUUUCGGUGAUCCCACGCCGCGUCGCACGAACCUUCUUUGGCGUUUCGUCCCCGGCGGCUCCAAGGCCGGUGACUGGCGAUGGUGAUGGUACCUGCAGCUCAACCAGCAGGAGUUCGUCCUCCGUCACCGCUAACUCCCGGGUUCCACCCUCCAUCGAGGUCGAGACCGGUGAUCAUCGACCGCGAUCAGCGUCUGCUCAGGCGAAUGGGGCUGGCGUGGCCUCUUCACCGACGUCGCCUACGAAUGAUCGUGCCUCCACUGAAAGGCUGCAUAUGGACCAGCCUGGUGUAAUUGUUGAUCCGGAGGAGUUGCAUCUUCUUGAGUCCAUAGAGCAAGACCUGCUUGAUCUCUUUGAGGAUGACUAUUGCAAUAAGCACCUCGUAUAUUCCAUCGUUGAGACUGUCCUGGCUAGACUGCUCCCUGAGUUAUCGGAGCGCAGCAUUGCAGAUUUGAUGGAGGACCGUGGCGUGGCUCCCAUGUCAGCCGGCUGA